GGCAAAAACACUGCAGGAAGCUGCACAGCUACUCUUUCCCGUGUGGUCACAUUAGUCAUGUGACUUGUGACAUCACCGGUCCUUCUGCUGAAAAGCAACUAGCUGCUACUAUCAGGAAACAUAAGGGGAAGAGGAGGUAUCGACCCAGUACCUACUUGCUACUUGUUUAUGUAUAGUGCGGCUCCUGUUACUGUGAAGAUCACGUACAAUACAGAUCACUGCAUUUGUCAGUAAAGGAUAAACAUUAUAAGAAUAUCUGACAAAAUCGGUUGCGCUGCAGAAGAUAAUGUCUGACAAGACCGAAAACCAAACCUCAGACCAUCCUGAUGCACACGGAGAAGAUAUAAUGUCAACUUGCAUAUAUAAAUUAUGUCCAAACUCCAGCCAAAGGACAAAACUGAAUGUAUCGACAUCCCUUCAUAAGUUUCCUCACUCACCAGAACUUAUUUUUCAAUGGUUGUCAGCUACUGGACAGUUUGAUGAUGCAAUUGAUGAAAUGGUUUCUAGAGUUAUUCAAACCAACAAGAAUGGUCGAUAUAGAAUGUGCUCUCUUCAUUUCACCCCUAGUGAUUAUUAUUCUAGUGGUUUGAAAAUGUCUCUAUAUAAACAUGCAAUACCUUCAAUCUUUGGGAAUAAUUUGCAAAAAAAAAAAUUGAAGUUUUUCAAAAAAUGUCUGAAAAACAUCAAGAUAAGCCGACGACUAGUAAAAAUAUUGUGGUUUCAAUGAAAGAAGGUUCAGUCACAGAAAGUGUUAUUGAUCCAGUUGUUCCUACAUCUUCAAUCUCAGCAAUGUGUCUCCCCAGUGUUGUUACAUGUCAAUGUUGUGGACAUUCGAUCAAUACAUCCAAAAGAGAUGUCUACACCAACACAGAAACUAUUGUUCAAGAUAAAGCGAUUCAAUUUGAUAGAAAGCAUGGUUCCAAAUCUACAAGUACACAAACAGAUUUCAUAUUACCUAGAACAAAUGCUUCAACUUCAACCAUUGGAUUAAAAAAUACUAAGGAUGCUUAUAGUUGGACAAUGGGCGAUAUAACAGGAAAUAAAACAUUGACAUCUAUUGGCACUUGGACAGGACCUGACAACGCCUUAGAAAUUAAUACUAUGGACGAACACUUACAACCUCUGAUAGUUAAUAUGUCACCUAUUUUCCCCUCGUCACCAAUGGAUAUAAAUGACGAAGCAACAGAAGAUAUGAUGUUAGAUUCAGAGUUAUUAAAUGAAACUGUGGCAAGUAGUCAAUUUGUUGAUAAUUCUAUACUCAAAGACCCAAAUUACAGUCCAGACACGAGUAUGACUACAGCAGAUGAGUACAGUAUAUUAAAAGAAAAAUUUUUCGAUUUCUACGUUAGAGAAAAAAAAUACUUAGUUUUCGAAAGUUGUUUAGAUGAGUUAUUACAUUUUCUACCUUGCUCGCAAAAGGAUUGCAGUGCACCAAUAAUUUCAAAAGAAAAAAGAAUACUUGGAACUUUACUAAUAGUUACUGGUGAAUGUCUUUCAGGACAUGAAGGCAAACUAUGGUAUAGUCAACCUAAAAUUCAACAAAUGCCAAUUGGUAAUCUAUUAUAUUCAGCUUCCAUCUUAUUCAGUGGCAAUAAUUUUGAAAAAGUAUCUGAAUUUUCAGAAUACCUGGGUCUACAAUCUAUUUCAAGUCAAACUUAUUAUAAAAUUCAAAAGAAAUUUUUAUUUCCAACUGUUGAACUACAUUGGGUUCAAGACCGGCAAAAAAACAUAAACAGCUUUAGGGACAGGGCUAUCACAUUGUGUGGUGAUGGGCAAUGUGAUAGCCCUGGAUAUUGUGCUAAGUAUUGUACUUAUACGAUGAUUGAAGACGAGUCCAAAAAAAUUAUCGAUUUAAACAUAGUACAAGUCACAGAGGCAUCUUCAUCAGUAGCGAUGGAGUCCAAGGCCUUUCGUAGAGCUAUGAACAACAUAGCUAUAGAACAGUUAAUGGUACUACAAAUUGCAACUGACAGGCAUGUAAGCAUACGAAAAUUUUUGAGAGAGCAAUACCCAGUAAUAAAACAUCAAUUUGACAUCUGGCACUACGGCAAGAGUAUUCGUAAGAAAUUAAUUUCCUUAAGUAGAAAAAAAAAUUGUAAGUAGAUUGCAACAUGGAUCCCUUCUUUAAUUAAUCACCUUUGGAACUCCAGCUUAAAGUGUAAUGGCAAUGCUGAUAUAAUGCGAAAAAUUUGGCAAUCAUCUUUGUAUCACAUAUGUAAUAUACACUCUUGGAAUGAUGGAAGUUCUAUUAAUGUUUGUGGACAUGAAGAAUUGAAUGAAGAUGCUGAACGUGAAAGAGCAUGGUUAGAUCCAAAAAGCAAGGCUUUUGAAAACUUGCAACAAAUAAUAUGUGAUCCAAGGAUGGAUAAGGAUUUCAAAAGUCUAUCUCAAUUCUGUCAUACUGGUUCAAUCGAAGUGUUUCACGGCCUUGUAUUAAAAUAUAGGCCCAAAAGAGUGCAUUUCUCUAUGGAUGCAAUGGAAGCUAGGACCAAACUUGCUGCACUGGCACAUAACAACAACACAACACGAAUCCAAGAACGCAUAAGGAGAGAAACUGAAACAAGUGGUAGCUUAGGUGAUUUGAAGUUCAAAUCAGUUUUUACUAAAAGUAAAAAGGAAUGGCAGCUGAGGCCAAUUUAUGAAUCCAUGAACAUGGAUCACAUAUUUCCAAUGUUAGUCGAUGUACUUUACUUAUAUAAUGGUGACUUGGACAACACAUGGGAAUCCAAAAAUGAUUCUUUGCCCGAUAACAUCGCUAGCAAGCCACGACCAAGCAAAGAAUUAUUAUUGGAAAAUAAAAGAUCACGUUUUCUAAAAAAAAGUUAGACUGAAAUACUUAUAUACGUUAAUUUUAACAUAAUUAAAAUCUUGUUAUUAGAGGUUAUAAAUGGUUGUUACUGAAAUAUUUAAUAGUAUUUUGUUUUCAUUAGAAUUG